CCAAUUCUCCAUCUCUCGUGCGGCUGUGGCGUUGAGCUGAGAAGCUGAGCACCCAAAAAGCAGCGCGCGCGCGCCGGCCCUAGCCACGACGCACCACGCGCGCCGGCCGCCGGCGAGGCCCACGACCGCCGCCGCACGCCUUUGGCCAGAUCGCGCAGGCGAGAUCCUCCUAUGGCCGCCUCCGUAGCGCCAGCGUCGUCGUCCGGCUGGGACUUCACCUGUGACUUUGAAAUUGAUUAUGGAUCCGAGGAACGCGCAUCCAUAGUUUACAAAACGCUAGCUGUUGAUAAGGAGCUUGUUGAGAAAAGAACUCGAAUCCUGUGGUAUUUAUCUUGCAGUUGCAACCUGACAAGGCACUUUGAAGCUGUAGAGGCUCGGUUCCUGCGAGCAUCGUUCAGCGCGUUCGUCGAUCUUACAGUACUGGUUACCAAGCUUGUUGAAGAAUAUGGCAUCAGCAAGGAAGGAGAAGGCAGUAUCUAGCUAGUUUUACUCCCCUGUAUCUUAGAAAAAUGUUUUACAACACCUUUGAGCAUUCAUACCUUCUUUUAUAUCAUAUUAUGUGUGUUCUUCGUUUCUUAGGCCAGAAAUCUACAAGAUAGAAGCAGCUGUUGUAAUUCCAGAUUUCUUGAAUCUUGGUAUGGGAUUUGCCUCUCAAGAGUAACUCUGAACAUACUUGGUUGGGAUAGUAGUCAGUUCUUGUCGCCUUAAAUGAAAAAUCAUGCAUGUAUA